GUGUUUUAGUUGACCCUUUUUGAAAGCGGGCAGUAUUGCCCCCAAAUUGAAACAGCGCAGAGCUCCAAUUCCUUUCUGCCUGCUCCUCAUUCUCGCGCUACUGCUCUUAAUUUUGAAUCAAUGGCGCGAGCGAAGCAUCCAACCCAACGGAACUCUAAUCGCAAGCCAUCAGUUGCCGGAGCUUCACCGUCUUCCUCAGCUGCGCCGUCGACGCCACUUAGUGGAAGAACACAAAGUGGGAGGCAAACUCAGAGUCCACUAUCAAGAACAACGGGAAAAAAAAGACGCUUCAGACCAGGGACAGUGGCGUUAAGGGAAAUUCGACAACUCCAGAAAUCAUGGAAUCUGCUAAUUCCAGCCAGCAAUUUCAUCCGCGCAGUGAAAGAAGUAAGCUACCAGUUGGCUCCGCAGGUUACACGUUGGCAAGCUGAAGCUUUAAUAGCUCUUCAAGAAGCCGCAGAAGAUUUUUUGGUUCAUCUAUUUGAAGAUACAAUGCUAUGUGCUAUUCAUGCGAAGCGUGUAACAAUCAUGAAAAAGGAUUUUGAACUGGCACGCCGGUUAGGAGGGAAAGGGAGGCCAUGGUAAGAAGAUCUGUUCAUUAGAAAGACGAGCCAUUGUAGCUUACACCGACAUCGCCACCACAUUAGUUCGUACGAUAGAAUUCCAGUAGUUCAUUGCUAGUAGUCACUGUGCAUCCAUAUGUUGAAAUUAGGCAGUAGACUGGACCAGAGUUCCCCAAAACUUGGAGUUUGUGUUAGCUAUUUGACAUAGAUAUUAGUAUCCAUUCAGCUUUGAUAUGACCGUUGCCUCCAUACUGACUGCAUUUUCAAGAUGACGAACGGGCGAACUUCUGUAGGUAAUUUGUGACUUUAAGUUCAACGAUCGUAAGGUAAAUGACUGAACCAUCAAUCUUUGAUAUGGUAAUUCGUAUUUUAUUCUAUUGAGCUAUGCUCGAGUUGAUUAGAGUAAAUUUGUGAUUAUAACGUUUCAAUGAAUACCAUAUUUUGUUGAGGCAAAA